AUGGUUUUGUCUUUCAUCAUAGUCCAGAAUCGCCAGGGCAAAACUCGCCUUGCGAAAUGGUAUGCGCCCUAUAGCGAUGAGGAGAAAGUAAAACUCAAAGGAGAGGUUCAUCGAUUGGUGGCCCCCCGAGACCAGAAAUACCAAUCGAACUUUGUGGAAUUCAAGCGAAGUACAAAGAUCGUAUACCGAAGAUACGCAGGCCUUUUCUUCUGCGCAUGUGUUGAUGCGACGGACAAUGAGUUGGCCUACCUCGAAGCAAUCCAUUUCUUCGUUGAGGUCUUGGAUCAAUUUUUUGGCAAUGUGUGCGAGUUAGAUCUGGUUUUCAACUUUUACAAGGUGUAUGCGAUCCUGGACGAGGUUUUCCUUGCAGGUGAAAUCGAAGAGACCAGCAAGCAAGUUGUCCUGACAAGAUUAGAGCACCUGGACAAGCUAGAGUGA